AUGGAAGCCAUACAAGGCGGACAACUUUUGGAACCUAGGUAUGAGCAGAUCAAACACAAGGUGAGGAAGGAUAUGCUACUGGGAUUCCACAUAUCAGAAAAUGGAAUGUUAGGAUUUAAAGUUAGAAUUUGUGUUCCCGAUGAUGCAGAGAUUAAGAAGCAAAUCUUCUAUAAGGAAAACAAUGUCCCUUACGCAAUGCACCCCAUUGCUACAAAAAUGGUGAAGCACCAUCGACCAGCCGGGUUACUGAAACCGCUAAAGAUUUCAGAAUGGAAGUGGGAGAUGAUCACAAUGGAUUUUUUCAUGGGACUGCGUAAUAUUCCUAAGGGUCAAGAUACAAUAUGGGUUAUUGUUGAUAGAUUGACCAAGUCGGCACAUUUCUUACCCAUUAAGAUAACUUAUUUAGUGGAUAAGUUAGCAGACUUAUACAUAGCAGAGAUUGAAGCCGGUGAAAGAAAAUUCUUGGGUAUAGAGGAAGUGGACAAAGUUAUCGAAGAUGUCGAGAAGAUUCAAGAGAGGCUGCGCAAAUAUGCGGACCGACACGGAAGACCCUUGGCAUUUGAAGAUGGAGAUAAGGUGCUUCUGAAGGUGGCUCCAUUGAAGGGAGCUAUGGGUUUUGGUAAGAAAGGAAAAUUAAGUCCAAGGUAUAUCAGACAUUUUGAGAUAGUAGAGAAAAUCAGCGUGGCAGCCUACCGAUUAGCUCUCCUACCUGCUUUGGCUCAAGUACAUGAUGUAUUCCAUGUAUCUAUUCUGAGAAAAUAUGUGGAUGACCUGAGCCAUGUACUUAGUUAUGAACAAUUGGAGGUGGAUCUGAAAUUGUGUUACGAGGAGAAACCAGUAAGGAUUCUGAAUCGUAAGGAUAAGGUGUUGUGUAAUAAGACUAUACCCUUGGUUAAGUUGCAGUGGUGGAACCAUGGGGUAGAAAAAUAA